AUGGAAGAGCCAGAUGAAGUAGAUGAGUAUAGUUACUCUGAGUUGGACCGUCCACAGUACCCUACACCAAAGGUUAUAGAUUCGAAAAAGAUCUAUGAACGGCUAAAGAGUAAAGUACAGUUUUGGAAACAUCAGGAUGUAGACGGAUCCUCUUUCAAUACGAUGGAUAAGAGACAACAGGAGCUCUGGAAAUUGAUAAGAGAUAGUCCCUUGAAAUUCAAUCAAAAUAACGGUGCUCCCGAAUCAAAAGAGGCCCAUGCUAGUCCCUUACAACCAAUUGGGGAAAGUGCCAAUACUUUCCUUACCGAUAACGAUAAAGAUGUUAACGUUGGCGAUCAGUUCAUAAAAGUAUCUCCAAUGAAGAUUACAGCUCUAGACCAAUCGCCAUUAUUUGAGGUGCACUCUACCACGAAGGAACUGACAGGACCAUCGCCACCUGUUCUAGUGGAAAGGUUAACGGAUAAGUUGCAUUUUAAGAAGGUCGGGUUGAAAAGGAUUCAGGAUCGACUUGGAAAGAUUGCUGAUUCCAAGGAAAAUGUUGCCAGGAAUUAUAAUAAGUUGGCAUCAGAAAUCACAGCAUGGUGCUCUUUGUGCCUAGAGAGAGAUUCAGAGUUAGAUUUGUUAACUGAUUUACAACAGGUGUUGGCAGCGGAUAAGAAGUCAGAACAGACAAUGACCAGGCUCUUCAUGAUGAUAAAUGCUAAGUUAGAAUACGUCGCUAAACGUGAAGAGAACAUGUUACAGGAACGUAAGGAUAUGAACGCUUUGACAAAGAAAUACGAUGCGUUGAGGGUUAGGAAGGGAGAUCAAAGUAUGGAAACUCAAUACCUGAAAGAAAACUUGCAAAGGAAAAGAACUUCUCUUCAGCAGCUGACAGAGCAGUACUAUGAAUCGCUAAGUAAAAUAUUGCGCGAAGAGUUCACAAGAGCGUGUUUUACCAUAUAUGAGAUGGGAUCUGAAUUGAAAGAUGUUACCAGAGAUUUCUCUCUACAAAGUAUUGAGCUUUUGAAGAAUGGCAAUGACAGUGACUAUAUCGAUGGUUUCUUAGAAGAUGUAAGAAAGCUAAGAGCUGAUAAGCAAUGGAACAAGCUAUCAAUGCAAGAGAAAAAUAACCCUAAUAAAUUGGCAGAAUUGGUGGGUAACCUUUACAAUGGCCAGGACUCAUUAUUGAGAAUAGCUUCAAAUAAAGUCCCAAUAAAAUUCUCACCGUUGCCCUUGCAUGAAAAUGCUUCGACCAGUACUUUAGAUCCACAGCAUUUCAAAGCAAGUGAGGGACUUGAUCUAUCAAUGUCUCAAUAUGGCACUGACAAAUACAAUGACAUUACCACAAAUAAAUUCAUGUUAAAGAAGCCUUUGUUUACAGAUGUUAGGCCCGUUUCACAGCAGCCCUUGCAAACGUUGCAGAAUUUGAGAGCGCCAGUUUCAAGCCAUGGGGCUACUGGUAGUGCAGGUGGAGGUGCCACCCGGCAGCGAAAUUUAGCUAGCAAUAUUGCCAACAAUUACCCAUACCAACGAGGACCAUCACUUGUUAGAUCUAAAGCAGAACCCAACGGUUUGAGAAAUGAAAUAAUAUCUGAAAAUGUGUCCGCGGAAUCCAUAGCUGAUGCUGAUGAUAAAGAAGUGGUUAUCAAGUUUGGUCAUGAUUUAACUAAUUCAUUUAUAGAGGCGGACCAACUCUUAGCCACCAAUGCUUGGGAUUGA